AUGAACGAGUUAAGCAAUCCGCUCAGAAAAUUCAAAUUGGUGUUUUUAGGAGAGCAGAGCGUCGGUAAAACAUCCAUUAUCACAAGGUUCAUAGCAACAAUUGGUAUAGAUUUCCUAUCAAAAACCAUGUAUCUGGAAGAUAGAACUAUUCGGCUACAAUUGUGGGACACAGCUGGCCAGGAAAGAUUUCGUAGUUUAAUUCCAUCUUACAUCAGAGAUUCAUCAGUCGCUGUAGUUGUCUAUGAUAUAUCCAAUGCAAAUUCAUUUUACCAGACAUCGAAGUGGAUUGAUGAUGUAAGGACGGAACGAGGCAGCGACGUACUCAUCAUGCUCGUCGGCAACAAAACUGAUCUCUCUGAUAAGAGACAAGUGACGACAGAAGAAGGAGAGAAAAAAGCAAAGGAACUGAAUGUCAUGUUCAUAGAAACAAGUGCCAAGGCAGGUUACAAUGUUAAACAGUUAUUUCGACGUGUGGCAUCAUCUUUGCCUGGGCAUCAACCGUCGAUAGCGCUACACACAAGCCAGACCUCGUCCUGUCCCUGCUAA